AUGGUUCCGGUUCCGAUUAGCGGGUUUGCUCCGUCAGCAGUGAGUUCUCCGUCCCGCAGCGAUGUUUCCAGCACGAUUUUAUUCGACACUUCAAAGAGUAAUCAAUUCGGUGUCAACGACGGUUUGAGGUCAAUACAACGGUUGCUAAAAAAUCGCUGGAGAUUAGCGAACACGAAAGAUCGGCUCAACAUCGAAUCGCUGAGUUCCUCUCGGCUGGCCAUUUUAGCUGGGCCACAAGAACGCUACAAUGAAGCUGAAUUCAACGCACUUAGACAGUUUAUCGAUCUCGGUGGCAAUCUAUUGGUAUUACUGGGCGAAGGAGGAGAACAACAGUUCAACACAAACAUUAAUUUUCUCCUCGAAGAGUAUGGCAUCAUGAUCAAUAACGAUGCUGUGAUCAGUACAAUAUACCAGAAAUAUUUCCACCCUAAGGAAUGUUUCAUUGAAGAGGUUCAGUCAUGGAUGGCAAAUUCGACGUCGACGACCGCAGAAGCCACUACAAACACCAAUAAAAUUGUAUAUCCAUAUGGAGCAACGUUAAACGUAGCAAAACCAGCAGUUGUCAUGGCAACAACGACUACCAGUUGCCUUCCGCAACAACGUCCCAUCGCUGCCACUUACACCAAUCCGAGGCUAAAGGGUAACGGAGGUAAAAUCGCCGUCAUCGGUUCAGUUCACAUCUUUUCUGACAGUUACAUUGACAAGGAGGAUAACAAACGAUGGCUCGAAGACCUGGUCGAUUACCUGACGGAUAGUAAAGCUAUCAUUGCCGACCUGGACCGUGAUCUUGACAUUGCUGAGUACGCUACAGUGCCGAAUGUAAUGCAACUGUCUCAUCAUCCCCGUGUUUGCUUAACGGAAUCUGAAGAAGUGCCUCAAGAUUGGACAACUCUUUUCCAGACCAAACUGUUCAACUUGGACACGCAUUUGGUUCCUAAGAUUUUAGAUUCGUAUCAACAAGUCGGUGUUAAGCACGAACCCUUAAAAUUGAUUCCACCGCAAUUCGAAACACCCCUUCCUGCUUUACAGGUUGCUGUUUUCCCACCACUUUUCCGUACUUUAAACGCGCCGCCACUGGAAUUAUACGACUUGGAUGCGGAAUUUAGUUCGGAAAAAAAUCGACUUGCUCAGCUGACUAAUCGUUGCAACGAUAGCGAUUUGGAGUAUUACAUCAUCGAAGCCGGCCAUAUACUCAACAUUAUUCCGCAAUUAAAACUGGUGGGCAAUAAUAACACAGAACGCGCCAAACAAAUACUCCAUCACGUUGUAGAACGCAUUUCUCAAUUCAAAAAAUCUACUCCCAUCUGACUUGUACCUUUGCCGAUAUUAUUCCAAAUGUACUGUUUAUCAAUAAAUUUUGAUUGUACGAGUCUUCAAAA